GACCCUGAAGAGCCCUGGAUACCCCGAGAGUCCAUGCAAAUAAGGCCGUCCAGCCUUGAAUAAAGUCCAGCUUGGGGGGACUACAAGGGGACUAUCCAAAAGGUAAAGCCAAACAAGCUGCCCAGGUGCUUCCAGUCUGCUGGCUCAUCAUCUUUCCAGCCCUGCAUCAGUGACCCAUUGCUGGGCAAUUGCCCUGCAGCUCUUGUGAUAGUCAUGGAUCUGCUCCACAGUUGGGGAGUGAGUCUUGCUGUGCACUUGCAGACAGAGUACAGUGCCUAUGAGAGUUGGUUUCAGGUGGUGUCUUCUGUGGCAGACCUCCAUACCACCUUCUUCAUCUUCUUCCCCAUCUGGUUCCAUCUGAAAAGGGACGUUGCUAUCAAGCUAAUCUGGGUGGCUGUGAUUGGGGACUGGUUUAACCUGGUCCUGAAAUGGGUUCUUUUUGGAGAAAGACCUUACUGGUGGGUUCAUGAGACCAAGUUUUAUGGCACUGAUGCAGCCCCAGCUCUUAGACAAGUUCCAAUCACAUGUGAGACUGGACCAGGAAGUCCUUCUGGUCAUGCAAUGGGCUCUGCUGGAGUAGGCUAUGUGAUGGUAACCGCUGCACUAUCCAUUGCUGCUCAGAGAAAAUGCCCCGUUUUGCUCUAUUGGUUAUUACAGAUAUUGCUUUGGAUGUUGUUGGGGCUGGUGGAACUGUUGGUCUGUAUGUCCCGUGUUUAUGUUGCCGCCCACUUCCCACAUCAGGUUAUAAGUGGAGUUAUCUCAGGUAUAAUUGUAGCUGAGGUGUUCUCCAGACAGCAGUGGAUCUACCGUGCCAGCCUACAUAGAUACUUCAACGUCACCCUGUUCCUCCUUGUUUUUGCUGUGGGCUUCUAUGUCCUCUUGAAGGCUCUGGGUGUAGAUCUUCUGUGGACUCUAGAAAAAGCUCAGAAAUGGUGCAACCAUCCCACCUGGGUCCAUAUGGACACCUCACCCUUCGCUAGCCUGCUGCGCAACAUGGGAAGCCUAUUUGGUCUGGGACUGGGACUGCAUUUGCCAAAUGGCUUUGAAAGCAAGUACAGCAGAAGUGCCCCCUUCAGGACUGGCUGUAUUGGUGUAUCACUGGUUCUCCUGCAGCUCCUGGACUCUCUGACUUUCUCUUCAAAUAACCAAGCAAUUUUCUACCUUCUUUCAUUUGCUAAGAGUACUGCUGCUCUUCUGGUUCCCACUACACUUGUUCCUGGAGGGAUAUCCUUGCUUUUAUUGGGAAAGAAAGAUGAAAAGAACUCAUAGAUUAACAUUCCAACAAAAUGAUAAAUGACAACUGCUCGAUUCAAAAACCUGAACUACACUCUUAAAAAUUAAGAAGCAUUUUCAAUGCUUCUUUAUUAAAGAAAGUGGUUCUAUAUAGAACCAUCAACACUGGAAGGACCCUUUGCAUGGGUCUUUGCAUUGUGAGUGAGUUCAUCAGACUGAUGAAGAAUAUGCUAUAGGUGGUUCUAUAUAUAGAAUAUAGAAGAACCUAUUUGAUGCUAAUGGAACCCUUUUCAAAAAGGUUCUUUAUAGAACCUUCUAGAGCAUAUUCUUCACCAAUCUAGAAAAACAUUUCACAGUGAAAAGCGCUUUAAUCAUGCAGAGGGUUCCUUCAGUGUCCAUGGUUCAACAUAUAACCAUUUUCAUUACUAAAGAACCCUUGAAAAAAAACAAAGACGUAAUAUUCGGUUUAAUAAUUAGGUCUUCAUGUAUUACACUUCCACGUUUGUUGAAUAUACUUCAGAGCCCACUCACACACACACACACACACACACACACACACACACACACACACACACACACACACACACACACACAUUCAGGUCUCUUUAAGAUUACUUUAACCCAUGAUAUCAUCUUGUCACUGGUAUAAACUCCAAUUAAGGUGCCUCCAUCCAUAUCUUAUCUCUGUGGUUCUGAAUGAGAGUGGCCCAUUCACAAAAACAUGACUCUGCCAUUCAGAAAACAUGUCCAAAGGUCCUUCUAUCAGCUCCUGUACUCUGUACCACACAGAGAAGACGGUGUUCCUUGCUUUGUCCAUACUGGAUUGUACAAUGCUGAGUUACUUAUUGUUCCUGAGAAGAUGAGCCAUCAGUUGCAGCGCCAUUCAUUGGUCUAGAUCCAGAACUACAGAUAAUGGAAAUACUCAGGGUUACUCAUAGAGCUUUUAUUGUCUUCACAUGUUUUUUUUAAGGGUUCAAGAUGCCUAGCAAUUAGAUUUUUCUUUCUUUUUUAUUUCCUUAUAUAAAUCCAUUAUUUUUUACACUGUUGGAUAAAACCUGAUUUGUAACUGUAACUGUGUAACUGGCUUCAAUGCUUUUCAAUAUUAGUUAGCUCAUUCAGCCCGGUACAAAUUCUAGAUCAUUUAUGUCUGCAAAUGCAUGUGUGUGUCUGGAUACUGUAACAAUGGACUGGCUUAUCAGCCAUUAAACUUGUACUGCAUGUCCAUUUUUUACAUAUAAUGAUUGAGAUUAUUUUAUGUUUAAAUGAGAAAGAGGUGAGACAUAGAAAAUAUACAAAACAGAAGUGCAGACCACUCCCACACUGUCCAGCCAUGUGACGUGCUGCAUUUCUGUAUGGAGCAAAUUUAGAUUGAAUGGGACGGACUGCUUUGUUUUAUGGGAUUAUUAAGAAUGGCAUUGGUAUUACAUAAGUGGUCAGUGCCCUUCUGAGAAUGUGUUAAAUAUGAAAUUCCACCGACGACUCAGAAUUUCUGCAUAAUUAAAUUGCUAAAACAUAAA